CCAGCCAAUCAAAGCCGAAUUCCGGGCAUGUGAUUUGCAUAUUCCCGGGUUAUAUAGCUCAGCGCGAGCCAGGCGGGCCUUCCCCACUUGCUCAGCAGCUCCAGCCUUUGCAAUUCAUUUUCUUGGUGGUUUCUCCAAAUAGUAAACAAGAUGUCCAUCCUCAAGAUCCACGGUCGCGAAAUCUUCGACUCCCGUGGAAAUCCCACCGUGGAGGUAGACCUCUUUACCAGCAAAGGUCUCUUCCGGGCCGCUGUUCCAAGUGGGGCUUCGACCGGGAUCUACGAAGCCCUGGAGCUCCGCGACAACGACAAGACUCGCUUCCUGGGAAAAGGUGUCUCAAAAGCAGUUGAGCACAUCAAUAAAACAAUUGCGCCUGCCCUGGUUAACAAGAACAUUAGUGUUGUGGAGCAAGAGAAGAUUGACAAGCUGCUGCUGGAGAUGGACGGGUCUGAGAACAAAUCCAAGUUUGGAGCCAACGCGAUCCUGGGGGUCUCCCUGGCCGUGUGCAAGGCUGGGGCCUCUGAGAAGGGGGUCCCUUUGUACCGACACAUUGCCGACCUCGCCGGCAACAAGGAGGUCAUUCUGCCCGUCCCGGCUUUCAACGUCAUCAACGGUGGAUCCCACGCUGGGAAUAAGCUGGCCAUGCAGGAGUUCAUGAUCCUCCCCAUCGGGGCCGAGAGCUUCAAGGAGGCCAUGCGCAUCGGGGCCGAGGUCUACCACAACCUGAAGAACGUCAUCAAGGAGAAGUACGGGAAGGACGCCACCAACGUGGGCGACGAGGGCGGCUUUGCGCCAAACAUCCUGGAGAACAAAGAAGCUCUGGAACUGCUGAAGACCGCCAUCGGCAAGGCUGGCUACACCGACAAGAUCGUCAUCGGGAUGGAUGUGGCCGCCUCCGAAUUCUAUCGCGACGGGAAAUACGACCUGGACUUCAAGUCCCCGGAUGACCCCAGCAGAUACAUCAGCCCUGACCAGCUGGCUGAUCUGUACAAGGGGUUCGUGAAGAACUAUCCAGUGGUAUCCAUUGAGGACCCCUUUGACCAGGACGACUGGGCCGCCUGGAAGAAGUUCACCGCCAGCGCCGGGAUCCAGGUGGUGGGGGACGACCUGACGGUGACCAACCCCAAGCGGAUCGCCAAAGCCGUGGAGGAGAAGUCCUGCAACUGCCUGCUGCUCAAAGUGAACCAGAUCGGCUCCGUCACAGAGUCCCUUCAGGCCUGCAAGCUCGCUCAGUCAAAUGGCUGGGGUGUGAUGGUCAGCCAUCGCUCUGGAGAGACCGAAGACACUUUCAUUGCCGACCUGGUGGUUGGGCUCUGCACUGGGCAGAUCAAGACAGGUGCUCCUUGCCGAUCCGAACGCCUUGCUAAAUAUAACCAACUUUUGAGGAUCGAAGAGGAGCUGGGAAGCAAGGCCCGCUUUGCUGGCAAGAACUUCAGGAACCCACGUGUCAACUAAACCGCAGUUGGGCAGGCGGUCAUAAAAUCGCCCUCCCAGGCACCCACCCAUCCCCUUUGGUUGUGGUUGCAAGCGCUAGUCUCUUCACUUUAAUAGAAAUACAAAAAUCCCCUAGUACCUGUGUGCAACAAAAGAAGGGCCGCUGACGGAAACGGAAGAGUUUUGCAAAGUUGCAUCCAGUUAGUGUCUGCCUCCUUUCUCCCGCUGCUCCAUACACACUGCUUUGCUCUCCUCCGAGUCUUGUCUUAUUUUCUGAUGCAAAGAGGGUCAAAAAGAACCCCUGGUCUUGGUGUAAACAUUGUGUAAAGCUUGCCACUGCUUUGCAGGAGUGCAGGGAGGUUGCUCCGUGUUGAAGUGAAUGAGGAAGUGCUUCUCCCCUUCCACAUCUCUCUCUAUCCAACCCGAGCGGGAAAAUAAAUCCUUUCUUGCAGCGUGGCCCGAGGUACCUGCAAAUGGGAAAGAGUAGUCAUUCUCAUGUGAGGCAAAUAAAAUGAGAAACACCA